AUGGCUUCCGAAGUUGUAUGUGGACUGAUCUUCAGAUUAGUUCUGCCAGUAUGUCUAGCCGCAGCGUGCUUAUUCCGGUACAAUGGGCUGUCCUUCAUCUACCUCAUUUACCUCCUUCUCAUUCCACUUUUCGCAGAACCAACAAGGACUACAAUGCAGGGCCACACGGGGCGCCUACUGAAAUCCCUGUGUUUUACCAGUAUGACCUUUCUGCUACUGCACAUCAUCUAUCAGAUCACCAUCAUCAGCCUACUAGAGGGGAACAGUAUCGAGCCCGACUUCAACUGUACAGCAUGGGAGAAGUCAAUACGACAGCUUGGUUUCGAAAGUGUGAUCGGGGCGGACGCAGGAAACGGCAUCAGGGUGUUCAUACCAGACAUUGGCAUGUUCGUGGCCGGGCUGGUCACUUGGCUUCUGUGUCGCAGUCUGGCAGAGAAGCCACCCAUUGAAGAAAUCGCACAGUUCAACUGCGACUUCGAAACCGGCGACCAGAACGAGGAGGAGGAGGAAGAGGAGGAAGAGGAGGAGGAGGGGGAGCCGGAGGUGGAGGAUGACAUGCUGUUUGAGGAGGACUCUGAGGCUGAGGACAACUGCAGUGUCCAGGAGGGGGAGCUAGAGGAAGAGGAGCAGGAGGAGAGCACCAAGAUGAAGGUCUUACGCCAGAUAGCCAGCGUGGCAUCCAAAGUCAAGGAAAUCAUUGGCGAUCUCAUUACUACAGCCGGAAAAGUGGUUGUAACCAUAUUACUAGGCUUGACAGGGAUCAUGCUGCCCUCCCUCACGUCUGCGGUGUACUUCUUCGUGUUUCUGGGCCUGUGCACCUGGUGGUCUUUCUGCCGGACGUUCGACCCCCUGAUCUUCAGCUGCCUGUGUGUGCUGAUGGCCAUCUUCAGCGCGGGCCACCUGGUUGUGCUAUAUCUCUACCAGUUCCAGUUCUUCCAGGAGUUUAUCCCACCUCAGGACCGCUACACCAGCUUAUUUGGCAUGUCGUCCGUCGUAUUAAGUGACUGCUCAUGCACGUGGAAGUUUAUCGUCAACACUGAACUGAAGUGGUUCCACUUUGUCAAUCCCAUCAUGCUCUUGGUUCUGUACUACACCCUUGCCACCCUCAUUCGGCUGUGGCUCCAGGAACCCAUCACCACUGUGUCGGAGGAAAAAGAUGGGGGCAUGGGAGAGAAAUCUGUUUGCAGCGAUACAGAGGACAUGGCAGAGAAGAAGUGUGAUAUGUGGACACAGUCAAACUACGGCACAGACGAACGAAACGUGUUGGUGGUGACCUCCAACGGAACCCCUUUGGACUUUACCCCCUCCACGCCCAACAGCGAAAAUGGGCCUUUAGGGCUGAAUCUGUACUCCACACCGCAGUACAAAAUGGACCACGGAGACAGGGAGUCAGGGAAGAAGGACGACAGUGUCUACGAGGUCGCCGAAGAUCGCGACGAGAUCUCGGAGGCAGCGGAGAGCGCCAGAGCGAGCACUUUAGUCACGGUGUUCAGAUUCGUCAUGAAGCAAAGCUACAUCUGUGCUUUGAUCGCCAUGAUGGCUUGGAGCAUCACCUACGUCAGCUGGCUGACCUUUGUGUUUCUGAUAUGGUCGUGCACGCUGUGGAUGGUGAGGGACCGGAGGAAGUACGCCAUGCUCACGUCCCCGUUCAUGGUGCUGUAUGGGAACCUGCUGCUGAUCCUGCAGUACAUCUGGAGCUUCCAGCUCAUGACGGCUGUCCCAGGGUUCUUCCUCAUAAAAGAGGUGCCCUUUCGGGAGCUGGGGUCGAAGAUACUGUGUCUCCUGAGUUUCUGGCUGCUGCUGAGACAGGCGCUAACCGAGAGGCGGGAGAGGCUAAGGGAGGAGGCCGAGCUCUCCGGCGUCAAGGUGGAUGCCCACAGGAAGGAGGAGGAGGAAGAUGACGAAGAUGGCGGUGAGAAGGAUAUGGUACAGGUCCUGGGGAAUAUGGUGAUGGCCAUGUUUGUCAAGUACUGGAUCUACAUCUGUGGGGGAAUGUUCUUCUUCGUCAGCUUCGAGGGCAGAAUCGUCAUGUACAAGAUCAUCUACAUGAUGCUCUUCCUCUUCUGUGUGGCAUUGUAUCAGGUGCACUAUGAAUGGUGGAGAAGGAUCCUGAAAUACUUCUGGAUGUCAGUAGUCGUUUACACAAUGUUGGUCCUCAUACUUGUCUACACCUUCCAGUUUGAGUCUUCUGUACACGUGUGGUCAAAUAUGACUGGAAUGGAUAAAGAAGAGUUGCAGGACCUGGGAUUGGAGAAGUUCUCAGUGCCAGCACUCUUUACCAGGAUCUUCAUCCCCACUUCCUUCCUGCUGGUGUGCAUCCUCCACCUGCACUACUUCCACGAGCGAUUCCUCCAGCUCACGGACCUCAAGGCUGUGGUGGCCAAGCACGAGAGUACCAUUUAUAGGCUGGUAAACCAGGAUGGCAGCCUGGCUGACAUCACCAUGAUCAAUGCAACACUGGGCUCGGUUAAGAAAGAAAAGGAGGAGGAGGAAGAGGAGGAGGAGGGGGACAAAGUGCUAUUGGAUGCUGGUGUGGAGAAGAAGAUUGAGAAGGAGGCACCAGAAGAGGGCACGAAGACCAGUGGAGUCCCCACGGAGCCACCCACCACCACCCAGAGCUCAGAUCUGAAGAACAAAUGGCACCUUGUAGUAGAUCGCCUGACAGUGCUGUUCCUGAAGUUUUUGGAAUACUUCCACCAGCUGCAGCUCUUCAUCUGGUGGCUUCUGGAGCUGCACAUCAUCAAAAUCGUGUCUUCCUACAUCAUCUGGGUGUCUGUCAAAGAGGUGUCCCUGUUCAAUUAUGUCUUCUUGGUGAGUUGGGCCUUUGCCCUCCCAUUCAGCCAGUUUCGCCCCUUAGCCUCCAGCGUGUGCACGGUCUGGACCUGCAUUAUCAUCGUCUGCAAAAUGUUGUACCAGCUGGCUUCCAUCCAGCCCGUGUCCUACUCCAAAAACUGCUCAAUGCCACUAACAUACUCACCUGGACAGAGGUCCGAUAUGGAGAAGUCACUCCUGUAUAGCAACCCAGUGGACCCAGCCAACUGGGUGGGCCUGAAAAAGUUUUCCCCACUUCUAGAUAACCUGAGGAACAACCUGUUGAUGUUGGCCAUCUUGGCCUUUGAAGUGACCAUUUACCGUCACCAAGAGUUCUACCGGCUGAGAAACAACCUCACAGCACCUGUCACUAAGACCAUCUUUCAUGAUAUCACGAGACUGCACCUUGACGACGGCAUUGUGAACUGCGCAAAAUACUUCAUCAAUUACUUCUUUUACAAGUUUGGCCUAGAGACGUGCUUCCUGUUGGCGGUCAAUGUAAUAGGCCAGCGAAUGGACUUCUACGCGAUGCUCCACGCGCUCUGCUUGAUCGCCGUCAUGUACCGGCGAAGGAGGAAGGCCAUCGCGGAGAUCUGGCCGAAAUACUGCUGCUUCCUAGCCUGCAUGCUGACCUUCCAGUACUUUGUGUGCAUUGGCAUCCCACCAGCAGCCUGCAAAGACUACCCGUGGAGGUUUCCGUCCUCCAUGGACUCCAAUGUUAUAAAGUGGCUCUACUUUCCUGAUUUUCACACCAGGCCAAACCCCCUUUUCCUCCUAUAUGACUUCAUGUUGCUGCUGUGCGCCUCCUUGCAGAGGCAAAUCUUCGAGGACGAGAACAAGGCGGCGGUGCGCAUCUUGGCCGGGGACAAUGUGGAGAUCUGCAGAGACCUGGAUGCUGCCUCCUUCAGCCGGCACAACCCUGUCCCUGACUUCAUACACUGCAGGUCGUACUUGGACAUGCUGAAGGUGAUCAUGUUCAGCUACCUCUUCUGGUUUGUCCUCACCAUCAUCUUCAUCACGGGAACAACUCGCAUUAGCAUCUUCUGCAUGGGAUACCUGGUGGCCUGCUUCUACUUCCUCCUGUUUGGAGGUGACCUGCUGCUCAAGCCCAUUAAGAGCAUCCUGCACUUCUGGGACUUCCUCAUUGCCUACAAUGUGUUUGUCAUCACCAUGAAGAACAUACUCUCUAUAGUCGCCUGUGGCUAUAUCAAUGCCCUCGUUCCGGAUAACUGUUGGCUGAUACAGUUGUUCAGCCUUGCCUGCACUAUAAAGGGCUAUACUCGCCCUGCCUCCAACAGGCAAUGCGAUCUGCCAAGCGAUGAGGCAGGGAUCAUCUGGGACAGUAUCUGUUUCGCCUUCCUACUGCUGCAGAGGCGCGUUUUCAUGAGCUACUACUUCCUGCACGUUGUGGCUGAUAUACGCUCCUCUCAAAUCUUAGCGUCCAGAGGGGCAGAGCUAUUCCAAGCCACAAUUGUGAAAGCUGUCAAGGCCAGGAUCGAAGAGGAGAAGAAGUCCAUGGACCAGCUCAAGAGACAAAUGGACCGCAUUAAAACACGCCAACAGAAGUUUAAGAGGGGUAAGGAGAGGAUGCUGAGCUUGGCUCAGGAGUCAGGGGAAGGGCACAAUCUGAUCAAGGAAGAGGACGACGAUGAUGGAGAAGGAGAGAAAGAAAAGGCCAAGAGCAAAAAAAAACUGUGGUGGCGGCCAUGGGUUGACCAUGCUUCCAUGGUAAGGAGUGGAGAUUAUUACUUAUUUGAGACGGACAGUGAGGAAGAAGAGGAAGAUGAAGACAAAAAAGAUGACGAGCUCCCUAAAAAAUCCGCAUUCCAGAGAGCAAUUGGAAAAUUUGCUUCUGCUUUGUUGGCUUUGCCAAAGUCUGUCAUUAAACUUCCCAAAACUGUACUUCAGUAUAUAAUCAAGGCAGCAAAGUUCGUCUACCACGCCUGGAUCACAGACUCCAAAACUGCCUUGAAGGAGCGGACCCGGGAGAGGAGAAAGUUCUGGAAAAGGCACCUGGGGUCCGACACCCCGAGGAAAGACAGGAAGGAGGCUCAUGUUGCGAUAGAAGUAGGGGAGGUGGAUGAUGAUCAAGAGAUCAGAGAGGAAGAGGCACUUGAUGGACCUGACAACGUCAUCAAGCGCGUCUUCAACAUUUUGAAGUUCACCUGGGUCCUGUUCCUGGCCCUGUUGGACAGCUUCACUGGCUGGCUAAACUCCAUCUGCCGAGAACACAUCGACAUCUCCACCGUCCUGCGCAUUGAGCGAUGCAUGCUCACACGUGAGAUCAAAAAGGGGAAUGUUCCAUCGCGGGAGAGCAUACACGUUUAUUAUCAGAAGCAGAUGCGUCUGAAUCUCUCCAGGGAGUCUGGACUGGAUGGCAUCGAUGAAUUCUCUAUGUCCGGAUCUCAUAAGGCCGAGCUCAGAAAGGACAGGCUUAAAAUGGAAAGCCAGGAGUCUCGUGAUAGUUUCUCCAGCGCCUACACCGAGGCCACCAUGCUGUACUCCCACCAGUCCACGCUGGACGACCUGGACGGAAUGUCCGAGCGCAUCCCCAAAACAAGCGAGCGCGCCAGGCCCAAGCUGCGCAAAAUGUCCAGCGUGGACGCGUCCACCUCCUCCGCGGACAGCGGGGGCAGCAUCGUGUCCAGCGAGCCCACGCAGUGCACCAUGCUGUGCUCCCGGCAGGGCACCGACGACACCAUCGACGAGGUGGAGGACGAGCAGGACCAGGAGUCCCCCAGGGGCCUGGCGGAGCGGCAGGAGGGCCGAUAUUUAGACGGGGAAGACCGGAGCUGCGUUUCGGAGACAGAGGUGGCCGGGCAGGACUACCUGUUCCCUGCAGAGUGCGAGGUCCAUCUGUACUCGUCAGACACAGAUGCCCCCACCACCUUCCCCACGGACGCAGACGUGCCCCCCUCCUACAGCAAAGCCGUCAGCUUCGACAGGGCCUCUGGCGGCUCGGACAAGGACGAUAACAAGCGUCUGAUGGACAUGACCCCGGACGCCUGCAGGUCGGACUACCUGGACGACUCGCUACUGCCCUCCGUAACCAAUGAGCUGACUGCCAGCGAGCUGCUACUCAACAAGAUGUUCUACGAUGAGCAGCUGGAGGCCUCUGAGGGGUUUUACCAGAACCAGCCCCAGCUGCUGCAGCUGGGCUACGCUCUCUACAACAUGCUGGUGGCUCAUUCGGAGAUGGUGUGCUACCUGGUCAUCAUCCUCAACCACAUGAUCUCCGCCUCGGUGGCCACUCUGGUUCUGCCCAUCCUCAUCUUCCUGUGGGCCAUGCUGUCGGUCCCGCGGCCCAGCAAACGCUUCUGGAUGACCGCCAUCGUCUACACGGAGGUCACCAUUGUGAUAAAAUACUUCUUCCAGUUUGGUUUCUUCCCCUUCAACCAAAAUAUAGAGGUUGACAAGUCAAAGCCUUUCCACCCUCCUAAUAUCAUUGGAGUUGAGAAGAAGGAAGGCUAUGUGCACUAUGACCUGGUUCAGCUCCUAGCUCUCUUCUUCCACAGGUCCAUCUUAAAGUGCCACGGCCUGUGGAAUAAGGAUGACCGCAGGGCUACAGUGAAGGCAGCCCUGUACCGCGUCCAGUCAGAGGAGGAGGUGCCGGUGAUGGGGGAGAGGAGGGGGUCUGACAGCUCGCUGAAGUCCGUCAACCUGGAGACCUCGGUGGAGUCGGUGCACGUGCGCUUCCCGGAGCAGCGGAAGCCCACGCGACGGAAGAACUCCACCACGGGCUCCCAGAUGUCCUACCAGUCCUCCCAGUCCACACGCUCUAAGAGAGGCAGUACAAGCACACGGAACAGCAACAGGAGAACGGGAAGUGUGCUGAGUGUCCAUCAGAAGAGCCGCAAGGAGCUGCUCCUGGAAAAGCUGAGAGAGCAGCUUAUCAAAGCCAAAGCCUUCACUGUGAAAAAAACCCUUGAGAUAUAUCUCCCCAUCCGUCAGUUCUUCUACAACCUGAUUCACCCAGAAUACAGCGCUGUGACAGACGUCUAUGUGCUCAUGUUCCUGGCAGACACCGUGGACUUCAUUAUCAUCGUGUUUGGCUUUUGGGCCUUUGGGAAACAUUCAGCCGCUGCUGACAUCACUUCCUCCCUGUCAGAGGACCAGGUGCCUGAGGCCUUCCUGGUCAUGGUUCUGAUCCAGUUUGGCACUAUGGUAGUGGACCGGGCCUUGUACUUAAGGAAAACUGUCAUGGGAAAGGUCAUCUUCCAGGUCAUCCUGGUGUUUGGAAUACAUUUCUGGAUGUUUUUCAUUCUACCUGGGGUCACAGAGAGACGCUUCAGUCAGAACACUGUGGCACAGCUCUGGUACUUUGUGAAGUGCAUAUACUUUGGACUGUCAGCCUAUCAAAUCCGCUGCGGUUACCCCACCCGCGUGCUGGGCAACUUUCUCACCAAGAGCUACAAUUAUGUCAACCUCUUCCUCUUCCAAGGGUUCCGCCUGGUGCCCUUCCUAACGGAGCUGCGUGCCGUGAUGGACUGGGUCUGGACUGACACCACCCUCAGCCUCUCCAGCUGGAUCUGUGUGGAGGACAUCUACGCCCACAUCUUCGUUCUCAAGUGCUGGAGGGAGUCGGAGAAGAGGUACCCCCAGCCUCGCGGGCAGAAGAAGAAGAAGGUGGUGAAGUACGGGAUGGGGGGCAUGAUCGUGAUGCUGCUCAUCUGCAUCGUCUGGUUCCCCCUGCUCUUCAUGUCCCUGGUAAAGUCCGUGGCCGGGGUGGUGAACAAACCCGUGGACGUCUCUGUCACCAUCACUCUGGAGGGCUUCCAGCCUAUCUUCACCAUGAGUGCGCAGCAGAAUCAGCUCAAGGAGGUGGCUGAAUUAAACUUCACUAAUUUUAGGAAUUCACCUAAUAUCACUCCGGGUGCAUUGCAGUUUCUGGAAGCCUACACAUUUCAAGAUGUGACUAUAGCUGAACUGGACGGAAGCUCUAAUUCCCUAUGGACAAUCAGUCCACCCAGCAGGAAGAACCUGAUGAAGGUGCUGAAAUCUGAGGAACAGUUCCCUGUCACCGUGACUUGGUCCAUUCAGAGGAACCUUAGUUUAGGAGCCAAGGCUGAAUCUGCAACAGAAAAGCACGUAACCUUUUUGAAAAACAAUACAAAGGCUGAGCUUAUUGAACUGCUAAAUGGGACAAGGCAUAUUCCCGUGGUAAUAGCGAAUGCCUUCCCCUGUUACAUCCGAGCACCCAGUGACUCCGUGGCCAAACCCAUCGAGCAGCUUUAUGAAGAUGGAAAGUUCAAGAACAUCACCCUGGCCCUGGGGAGAAACCCCAACACCACGGGGGAGAUCCAGGAAUGGUGGAUCGUGAACCAGCCCAACAAGACGGAGAAUAAGCAGAAGAAUGGCCUGGAGCUGUUUGUGUUCAGUGAUAAAGUCAGCCCACCUAGCCUUGGCUUUCUGGCAGGAUAUGGUAUCAUGGGCCUGUAUGCCUCCGUGGUGCUGGUGAUCGGGAAGUUUGUGCGCGAGUUCUUCAGCGGGAUUUCCCACUCCAUCAUGUUCGAGGAGCUGCCGUGCGUGGACCGCAUCCUCAAGCUCUGCACCGACAUCUUCCUGGUGCGAGAGACCGGGGAACUGGAGCUGGAGGAGGACCUGUACGCCAAGCUCAUCUUCCUGUACCGCUCCCCAGAGACUAUGAUCAAGUGGACCAGGGAGAAGACGCAGUGAGGGCACCACGCCUGGAGAUCAAUGACGCUGGAAACGAACCAAUACAAUUAGCAAAAACAAAAGCACAAUCCGCCGGGCAAGGGCCGGGCCUCUUCGGCGGCAGACCCUCCGCUGCCCCCUACAGCACAGACUGACUGAAAUGCAAGAGAACUGCACUUCUUGUUUUAGAAGGGUUUUUUUUUUCCCCUCAACUUCAAAAACAAAUUAAAUCUGGAUUCAGUUUUUUUCAGGUCUGUAUAGCCUGACUGAUAUGAGCUUUUUUUACAGUGUGUUUCCAGACAGAACGACCCUGCUGCUCUCCUGUUGCUCAGAUCUCUGGCCUUUUUUGGUUUGGUAAACAUGAACCACGGGUUGUGCAAUACGCUGCCCCAGGAGGCAGGCUGUAAACUUGAACUGACACCGAUUUUUCUUUGGUAUUUUUUAUCCAUGAGAUCGUGGAAAGAUGCCCUAAUGGCGGAACAAUAAAAGGGCGGCGACUGACUGAAAGACACUUGCCACUUUUUUUAACAAAAGAAAGACGUUUUCUUGAAUCUGGAAAUACUUCAGUUCUGCGGCGGAAAAAAAGAGAAGGCCUUUAAGGCAUGGAAGAUAAACUAUAUGACUAUCUUUAUUUGCCUUAUUUCGUUUGUACAGUCAACUAAUCAAAAUAACAUAUUCUUCUCAGGAAAAGACACUUAUCAUCUCACCAAGAAGGGGUUUUGCUCUGUCUUCAUUGUAUGUCUCUAGGGCAUAUGCCAUAAGUGUUUCAUAGAAGUAUGCAGUUAUCUUAUGUGCAUUGCUAGGAGCAGAUCUCCCAUUCUAUCUGAGCCCAAGGGAAGUCCUAUGUCAGGUUAUGGGGCUAAUGCAGGUACAGCGCCAUCUCUAGAGGGACUACUGUAUACCUAGAGGAUGGUCCUGUGGCUUUUCAGUUAUGUUUUCUCAUCUUGGAAUGCUCUUUUUUUACUUUUCAUCUAAAGUAAGGAGAAAAAAACUAAAAAAUAAACAAAAAACACUACAUUCAUAGUGCUGAAUUGUGAAUGAAAAAAGACAAACAGCUUAUCAAGGUCAUACCUUAAGCAAAAUGUGAGCAAAAGCAGUCCAAACUAUGCAUUAGAAAACAUAGCAUGAAAAAAAACAAUUAUUGCUAUUGAUCAUUUUCAUUCUAUGUACAUGUUUUUUUGGGGGGAAAAAAGUAUAUUUGACUGUGUACAGCAGCUGUAUGUUUAGAGGACAUAUUGUGGGGAUUUGGCUCAGUGACCAGAA